GAUGAAUCAGUUCUUCCUGGUUUGUAAUUCAAGCAUCAUCAACAUGAACAAGUUCAUCGCUACCACAAUCUUGUGCUUGAUCGCCUUCCAGGCAUCAAUGACCACCGCAAAGGUAGUCCCUGUGCAAAAAUCAGUUUUUGAAACUCUCGCCGAAGAUGCCCGCAAUGUUGUCAAAAGUUUCGCCGACGCCACUGGAAUCAGUACCCUCAGCUCCGAAAAAGUAAUCCAAACCAUCGAGAUCGAUGCCAAAAAAGUUGCAGCCAACAUCGAUAGUUUCGUUGAACAAGUGAAGAAGGACGUUGAUGCAAACAAACCAGAAUUAGACAAGGUGAUCAAACAGGUGAAAACAGAACUGAUCAAAACUUCCGAAUCUCUGAAGAAAUUGGCUGGACCUGAAGCAACCAAGAAGGUAGAAGAAGUAACAAAAGCCCUAGAGAAGAACCUCAACGAAGCCAUCGAACAAGUCAACAAAGUAGUCAAAGCAGUGCAACCUAGUGCUGAGAAGUUGAGGACCGACCUUGAAGCCAGUGGAAAAGUUGUGCUGAAAUCAAUUGUUGAUGGAGCUAAGAACAUUGGAAAGAUCGUAGAUGAAACUGUGAAGAAAGUUGAGAAAUCUUUGAAAUGAAAGCAUUUGUAAUAUACCAUUCUGAAUAAAAAGUUUAAAUCAUUGCA